CAUUGGAGUAUUAGGUAGGAAUUGCUGGAAAUCGAUAGAAUAAGAAAUCUUGUCAUUCCCCUUCCUCGAGUUCCCCAUUUGACCGAGAAAGCAGCGUGGUAUGGAGAGUGUGUGAGCAUAAAGUUCUGAUUUUGAAUGAAUGUUUACUAUAAUUAAGAGGUUCCCGUCUCAUGGUCUCUUUCGGUGGAGGCGCAGCAUUUGGAAUCCAGAGGAAGGAGGAGAGAGGGAAAGGGGUACCAAAAAAAGAAUGAAAAGGACGACAAAGGAAACUUGCUUUUGAUCUGGAGCAAGAAAAUGAGGGGCAGGAAUAGGAAGUAAAAGCUAACCCUAGGAGCGGGAUUUGGUUCUUGACGGUGGAAGAAAGGGGAGCGGAGGACGGGAGGAGGUGAUGGGCGUGGAGGAGGAGGUCUUUUCUUGAAAUAGAUUUGGGGACAGAGGAGGGGGCGGAGGCAAAGGGAAAGAUGGUGGUGGACGACUGCUGCUUUUUACACAAGGACUCCCUAGUCAUUAAGCCUCAAAAGAAAUAUCCUCUUGGGUUGUGGAUGGCUGUAUUGGGGUUGAUCAUGAUCAGCGGCAUCUAUAUAUGCUCCCUAUGUCUAAAGCAGAGAGUGCUCCUAGUCACACCUAAUCAAAUGAAGGUAAAAUCAACAAGGCAAACUUGCCGUGAUCCUAGCAUCCCAAAGUCCGAGCUUCGUUAUAUGCAUUAUCCAGAGCCCAUUAGUUACAGUAGGGAAGAAUGUGCUUGCACGCCGGUUAGGUUCUUUGCUAUUCUAUCGAUGCAGAGGUCUGGAAGUGGGUGGUUUGAAACAUUGUUAAACAGUCAUGUUAAUGUCAGCUCUAAUGGUGAAAUUUUCUCUGUGAAAGAAAGGAGAAGUAACAUUUCGACUAUCACAAAGACACUAGAUAAAAUCUACAAUUUGGAUUGGUAUAGUAGUGCUUCUAAAAAUGAAUGUACCGCAGCUGUUGGCCUCAAGUGGAUGCUUAAUCAGGGUCUCAUGCAACACCAUGAAGAGAUUAUUGAAUACUUCAAGAAGAGAGGGGUUUCUGUAAUACUUCUCUUCAGAAGAAAUCUACUUCGUCGUCUGGUUUCAGUACUCGCAAAUACUCAUGAUCGGGAUGCCAAGCAGCUAAAUGGGACCCAUAAAGCUCAUGUACAUUCCAAGGAUGAGGCUGAUGUACUAGCUCAAUACAAGCCCACAAUCAAUACGACAUUGUUGAUCCCUGAGCUAAAGCAUACAGAUAACUGGGCUUCUGAAGCCCUAGGUUACUUCAAGAGCUCCUGCCAUAUUCUUCUCUACUACGAGGAUCUCGUCAACAACACGACUAAGCUGAUGGAUGUUCUAGAGUUUCUGAAACUACCCCGACAGAAACUUUUCAGCCGCCAUGUCAAGAUCCACAAUAAGCCAUUGUCUGAUCAGAUCGAGAACUGGGAUGCCGUUCAUGCUGCCCUCAAGGGAACAGAAUACGAGAGCUUCGUAAACACGGACUACGGUGUGUAGCAACAUAUAUAUAAUCACCUGUGUUGUUAUUGUUGUUGUUGUAAAUAACUUGAUUUUUUUUAUUUUUUCUUCUCUUACACAAGGGGUCGCCACAUCCAUCAACAAAAGUUGUAGGGCAAAUUUUGGUUCUUUCAUUCUAACAAAUAUUUUUUUGUGACAUCCAUCAACAAAAGUUGUUGGGCAAAUUUUGGUUCUUUCAUUCUAACAGAUCUUUUUUAUGUCCUUUGUUCUAUGUGAUUUACUUAGCUGUAAAUCAUUUUAAUUCUUAUCUGACGUUAAUGAAGAUUGGUGUC